AUGUUUCAGCCUUACGAACCCCCUAAGAAGAAAGGCUCAGAAGAAGCCAAAGGAAACCUACAGCAGCUGAUGGAAGCCAGAAAGUUCACAAAGGCAUGCACAGCUAUUCAAGCUCUAUUAAGGUCUCGUAAUGCUAAAGAUACUGUAUCAGAAUUGGCUAUCACUAAAGCUCAAAGCAAAAUUUCUGAUAUAAAGAAGCUUAAAUUGAUGCUAGGAGACAAGCUAAAAGUUUUACCUUUAAAAAAUCUUAAAGAAUUGAUCAAUCUGGCAAUUAUGACAAAAAGAUGGGAAGUAUUUUGGGAAUUAAGAGAUUGGAUAGAAGCAAGCUACAAUUGCCAACAACCUGAUUUUAAUAUUUUUGGGUCAAAAAAUAAUUGAAAUUUGAUUGUGAAUGUCGGAGUCUGGCUUGCCAGAGCUUUUCAAAACGAAGAAUCAGCAGGGAAAUUUAUUCUCGCCUUCUUCGAAGUUCCUAGGUUUGAAAUCCCUUCUUUUCACAUGUUCCUGCUAUACUCUCAGCUAGUUUGUGACGAAAAUCUGCUAAAAAGCUGCAAAAAACACUUAGAAAUAAAAACUUUACUCGCUUCAGACAAUAAAAUUACCAAAGAUAUUCAAAUCCUCCUCCACCUAACUUUAUUAUCAAACUUGCUUUAUUAUCAAAUAAACAUAGAAGAAUUAAGCCAGUCUGAUAGGAGCCUAAUUUAUGAUCAUUUUGUGGACAUUCAAGGGUUCAUUGUAGAACAUGUUUUGUCAAUACCAAGAAUGUCGAAAUUUAUAUUGCAAGAUCCUUAUUGCAAUUCUGUGAAAUGGAAAGAAAUGAUUCAGUCUUAUUAUUAUGGGCAGCUUUUGACGAGAAAUACGCUAGGAUAUGACGAAAAAGAAAUUUAUUUAUUUGCCAAUUUGUGAGAACUUUUUUCAGCAAAAUUAUUUAGCUCGAUGAGUCCUUCGGAAAUGGCACCUUUAUUGAUGACGUGCGCUAAAGCUGUAACAAAAUUGACCCCAAGGCUGCUAGAGUCCGAUUCUUCUGCCUGUAUAAGUGAACCAACUAAUCUAAAAGUCCUUAGGAAGCAGCUAUCAAUUUUUACAGACCCAAACAAGCUUUCUUCAAUUUUCUUAAAAGUUUUUGAUCACGGGCAUGAUGAAUUUACUGAUCAGUUUAACCCAAGUGUGGCCCAAGAUUUGUGCCAAAUUUAUAACACAUUCUUAGAGAAAUGCCAGACUAGCAAAGAAGCUCAAUUUGUGGUGACAGGGAUUAUGGGCGGGAUUGCUUUUAAUAAAAAAGUUCUAUAUAGGAUUUGGAAAUUCAUUCAGCUCUUUUGUGAUGUCAAUGUGUUUUUAAACCCAGAUAGCUUGGCAUCUACAAAUAGGAACCCUGAAUUUUAUAAGUUCAGCCCUGCUUUAUCAUUAUUUUGCUGCUCUUAUCAAAGCUUGCUCUUAAUUGUGGAUGAUGCUGAGUUUCCAUAUAUUUUUGAUGAAGGAGAGCUUAUUUAUUUCACUGAUUUUAUAAUUCAGCUUGUCCAUGCAGGACUUCUACAUCAAGACUUAAACCCUGUGGCUGAAAACCUUGUAUCAAGUGCCUGUAAAGUCUUAAAACUUCUCCAUGAAUUCAACUCGUCCAAACACUUUUUCGAAGAAGCUCAAUUUCAGCUCCCCCAUAAUCAAUUAAACGAGCUUAUAGAUAAAAUGACUGAGGACUCUAAAAUUUUAAGCCCAAUAAUUCAAAGAUUCCCAUUUUGUUUGCCAUUCACAGUUAGGGCUGAGAUUCUAUCAAUGAAUAUUGCUCAGACUAAGGAAUUGUAUAUGGCUGCUCCAUCUACAAGAAUAGUGGUAAGAAGAGAAAACCUAAUGGUCGACAGUAUUGCACAGAUUAUUAACGUCCCUGAUAUCAGAGGGAAAUUAGAAGUGAUUUUCGUUAAUGCGCUAGGGACUGUAGAAGAAGGAAUUGAUGCAGGUGGGCUAUUUAAAGAAUAUUGAACUUCACUUAGCGCAGAAGCUUUUAACCCUCAAUAUGGGCUCUUUAGUGUCACUUCAGACCAAUGCUUGUAUCCAAAUCCUGCUUCUGAGCUCUUCUUUGGGAAAGAGCAUUUAGGGAUGUUUUUCUUGGUAGGGAGAAUAUUAGGAAAAGCAAUAUAUGAAAGGAUCACUGUCGAGCCUAAAUUCGCAGAAUUCUUUUUGAGGAAAAUGGUAGGAAAAUACAACUUUUUAGAAGACCUGAAAAGCCUCGACAAAGAAGUAUACCAAAAUUUGAAAUUUUUGAAAAAUUACCAAGGCAACGCUGAAGACUUAUCCCUUAAUUUCGUCGUCACAAAUGUCGAUGGCUCAGAAGUUGAGCUAAUUCCAAAAGGUCGCGACAAGUCAGUCACAAAUGAUAAUAAGCUUCAGUAUAUUUACAAGCUUGCUGAUUACCGAUUAAAUGUUCAGAUUAAAGACCAAUGCUCAGCAAUAUUUAAAGGAUUGAGUGAAUUAAUACCUUCAAGCUGACUGUCUAUGUUUACUCCAAGCGAGAUGCAAAUAAUCAUUUCUGGGACAACGGAAAAAAUUGAUAUAGAAGACUUAUAACAGCUUAUAUAUAAUAAAAUUAUGGUAUAUAGCCUUAUUAAUAUUUUUGUAUUAAAUAUAGGCAUUAAUUCAUGAUAAAUAAUAUUCCAUUUUUCUAAAUAAGAAUAAAAAUUCAUACACGCUAUAUUGACUGCUCGCACAGAGACUCUUUUGUGAAGUAUUUCUGGCAAGCUUUGGAGUCUUUUUCUUCUGAAGAACUUUCUCUUUUAUUAAGAUUUGUGACUAGCUGCCCUAGGCCACCUUUGUUUGGGUUUAAGAAUUUAUAUCCACCAUUUACUAUAAGUAAAGUGCCUAUUGAUAGAGAUGAUGAAAAACUGCCCACUGCACAAACGUGUGUAAAUACACUGAGGCUACCUACAUAUACGAGCGUAAAAAGAACAAAAGAAAAGCUAUUGUACUCAAUUAAAUCAGGGGCUGGGUUUGAGUUUCGUUAA